UUGGGCUAACAGUCCGUCAGUCAGUGUGUCGCUGCUGGAGAAAAGAGGUGAAAGUUAACGUUUAAUGCUCAUUUUUAGAAUGAUACCGUUUGUAUAGUAAACUAUUUAGAUGAGUUUGUAAUGUUUUAUCGCCGAACGUCUCCCUCUUAAAGGUGCACCUGUGUGUCUUUGCUUGAAUGAGCUGUCAGCGAUUCAUAGAAAGAUGGAUUCUCAAGAAAGUUUGACUGUGGAACAAAGACCAGAAGGCAUAAGUGAAGAUGUUCAACCAAAAGAUGCACAAGGGGAACUCCAAAUUUCCAACCAAACUAAAGACUUUGUGGAAUCAGAGGGCUUUCCUGAUGGGCUGGCUUGUCAAAAUUCCGCAGACUGUGAGUCUGCAGGUGAGGUGGAUGAAUCGGUUCCUGCCGAAAGCAGAAGUAAUCGAGCUCACAGUUCUAAUGGACAAAAAACAAGGCGACCAAGUUCACCUGGUCCUCACGGCCCCCCAAAACCAAAACUCACCCUUUGUCUUAGUAACAGCCCUGGUAAAAUUUCUGGCACACCGAGUGAUGUGGAGAUGCUCAGUCCUGACAGUCCAGUUUGCGUAACCAUCACCAACAACACAGAGUUAUGUGAUGGAAGGGGUGUCUGUGUAGAAGACUCUGGAUUUGCAAAGGAGCCUGGUAAAAAAUCUCAGCAGGUUGUCAAAGUGUCAGACUGUGGAAGUUUAACGCAGGAAAAACUCUCCAUUGGAGAAGAAGACGUAGAGAUGGGGGAGUGCAGUGGCUCCUCUAAAAUGAGUCAGGAUUUUGUGAGCCAGCCAGAUGAAAUGUUUAAAAGUCCUCCACUGGCCUUCUGUAGCUCUGACAAAGAAUGGAUGGGUACUCCCAUUGAUGAACUCAACCGAAAUCCUCAAUGCGCUCCCCCUCUGCCUCACCUGAAAGCAAAACCAAAUCACACCGUAACAAUUAGGACGGAUCUUCUCAAAGAGGGAGACGUCCCCAUCCCAUACCCCUCCAAGUUCAGAGAUGCGUGGGAUGAUGUGUCUGUUAAGAUGCCCUGCUCUGAAAAAAACAUGUUUCCUCUCGAGACUGAGGAUGGAAGCAGUUUGCAGAGUCGGUGGGAGCUGAUCUGUACUUCCUUACAGCGAGGAUUCAAAAGUUGUCUGGAUGUCAGGGAUGCAAUACUGAGGUACAACAUGGCUCACACAAAGAAAUGGGACUUCACUGCCUUGAACCUUUUUUGCACAGAGUAUCUUGAACUUUGUGAGGUGCAGCAGCUGUUCGAGGCCGUACUGCCUGCUAUGGUACAUCUGGCACUUCGCGCUCCCCACCUUUGCACAACGCCAAUUCCUCUUCUAAAGUCGGGUAUGAACCAUUCCCUGACUCUGUCUCAAGAGCAAAUAGCCUGUCUUUUGGCCAACGCCUUCUUCUGCACUUUCCCACGACGCAAUUCCCGCAGGUCGGAGUACGGCAACUAUCCUGAAAUCAACUUCUACAGGUUGUUUGAAGGCUCCUCACCAAGAAAAAUUGAGAAAUUGAAAACUCUGCUUUGUUACUUCAGGAGAGUUACGGAAACAAAACCUAAAGGUCUUAUUACGUUUACAAGACAAGUUCUUACCAGUCCACCAGACUGGGAAAGUUCACAGACCAAGCUGACAUGCUUACAUAUCAGUUGUAGAGGCACAAUUGAGGAGAAUGGAUAUGGGAUGCUUCAGGUUGAUUUUGCAAAUAGGUUUGUUGGAGGCGGAGUCACAGGACACGGACUGGUCCAGGAGGAAAUCCGGUUUCUCAUCAACCCUGAACUCAUCGUUUCUCGCCUCUUUACUGAAGCUUUGGAAAACAACGAAUGUCUCAUUAUCACAGGAACUGAACAAUACAGUAAAUAUUCUGGUUAUGCUGAGAGUUACAAGUGGCAGGGCAGCUAUAAAGAUGAGACACCCAGGGAUGAGUGGCAGAGAAGGUGUACAGAGAUUGUGGCCAUUGAUGCUGUUAAAUAUAGACACUUCCUGGAACAGUUUGUUCCUGAGAAGAUAACCAGAGAACUGAACAAAGCGUAUUGUGGAUUUCAUUGUAGUAACUUAAAUAUCAAGCAUCUCUCUGCUGUGGCCACUGGCAACUGGGGCUGUGGAGCGUUUGGUGGAGACACACGGCUGAAAGCUCUGAUUCAGCUGAUGGCGGCUGCAGAGGCUGGGAGAGACGUUGCAUACUUUACGUUUGGAGAUGUUCAGCUUAUGAGAGAUGUUCAUGAAAUCCACACUUUCCUCACUGAGAAACAAGUUACAGUAGGGCAGCUGUACAGCCUCUUAAUCCACUAUUUCAACCAAGAGUGCAAGAACUGCCGCACAGUGCGCCCCGACACCAGUCUCUACAGUUUCAUCCGAGAGAAAGUCUCCACUCCUGCAGAGUCUAACUCUGAAUGGGAUUCUGGGAUGUCACAUGCAAAAUCAGAAACUCACUGAUAGAUCAAGAACUAUUACCUAAACUUUGUUUCACUUUCUGUGUGCAAGACAAAAUACAGCUUCACAAGUGUCAAAAACCUGAAAGUCUUGUGUUCAAAGUCACUUAUUGCACACACAGACUUUCUUUAGGUUAGGGAAUCCUGUCACACAAACUACCAGGAUUUUGCCUUUUUGACUGUGGUUUUAUCAUAGCCUUGUAUUGCAAAACCAGGUUUGGUAAAGGUUUUAUGAAACUUAUAGCAAUAGUGAAUAUUUGUUGCUCUUUGAGGCCCUUUUCCUUAAGUGCAACCUUUUUUUUCUUUAACACCAAUUACAAAUAUGGCCAAAUAUUCAUAUGCAUGAUUGUUGUUGAGCUUAACCUUUAAUAAUCAAACCCCAUAUUAAUUUCUCCAGCCUUUCUUGUAUUUAAUAGUUUUUUUCUUUUUGUUUCCUCCGUUUCUUUGUAUGCAGAGAGAAUGACAUGUCUUACUGUAGUAUAUGCAUGAUAAACAUUUACUUAUCACAUAUUCUACAGAUGUUUCUUUGCUGCUCUUUUAAAUACUCAGCUUUCAAAUGCUCAGAUGGCCCGGCUACACAUACUAAAUUGUCUUUAAGGUACAUUUAAAGCUUCACAACAAUAAUCACUACUGCUAAAAUCAUCUCAGUAGGGAUACACAGGAAAUAUACGGUCAUGGUCGCCGUUGACCUUUUCUUACUGAAUAACUUUAUUGUUAUCAAAUAUAACCAGUGCUAAGCACAAUGUUAUUGCUGUAUUUACUUCUAGAUUGUGAACAGAUAAGGAAAUGCACGAACCCCAUAAUUUUUCUCAAAGCUUUUACUCCCAAGUUUUGUUUUAUGUGGGUAUGAUAUUUUAUAAUUUACUGUAUUUUUUUUAAAUCAUUUUUUUUGACUGGAUGAUGGACUCAGACUUGAAAUCUGGGAUGCUAAUAUGUUGAGUGUUGUGUUUUUAGGUUGCAAUAUUUUUAUUAUAAUUUCUUAAUUAAAACAUUCUGAAAAAGGA